UUCUCAUUAAAAUGCUUCAGUGACCCUCGGACUCGAACCUUUGUGCACAGUCACGUGGUUUCACGCUUUCUCCUCUGGACCGGUUCAAACCGACAGAAAUCGACGGAGCUUCAGUUGCGGAAGCUGCGGGGACGAAGGAGACCUCCGCCCCGCGCAGAGCCAGUGAACCAGCGGCCCCUGCUCUCAUCCUCCCCCGGUAUGUCCGCUGUCUUUGUGCCGAGGACCCACCGCUUCCUCCGGCACGUUCUCCCCGGGCUGCCCGCCGCCAUGCAGCGGCUCUACAGCCUGGAUGUCACCGCUCCGCUGCUCCGGACGCAGGGCUACGUGGACGGCCGCUGGAUCUCCGCGGCCUCGGUGUUCCCCGUCCUGGACCCGGCCACCGGGCAGGAGAUCGCCCGGGUGGCGGACUGCGGCCCCGCGGAGGCCAAGCGGGCGGUGGACGCUGCCUACAAGGCGUCUGACAGCUGGAGGCGGCACACGGCCAAGGAGCGGAGCAUCCUGCUGAGGAAGUGGUUCGACCUGAUGACGCUGCAUAAACAAGACCUCGCCAAACUGAUCACGUUUGAAUGUGGUAAACCGAUGGCGGAGUCUCUCGGGGAGAUCUCAUACUCCGCCUCCUUCCUAGAGUGGUUCUCAGAGGAGGCUCGGCGAGUUUACGGCGACAUCGUCUCCUCACCGUUUAAGGACAGGAAGCUCUUCCUCCUCAAACAGCCGGUGGGCGUCAGCUCCAUCAUCACACCGUGGAACUUCCCCAGCGCCAUGAUCACCAGGAAGGUGGGAGCCGCUCUGGCCGCCGGCUGCACGGUGGUGGUCAAACCGGCGGAGGACACGCCGCUGUCUGCGCUCGCUCUGGCCGAGCUAGCGGAGCAGGCGGGGAUCCCGGCGGGUGUGUUUAACGUGGUCCCUUGUUCCAGAGAGAGGACUCCGGCGGUCGGGGAGGUUCUUUGCACCGACCCCCUGGUGGCAAAAGUCUCCUUCACCGGCUCCACAGCCACCGGCAAAGUGUUGCUGAAAAUGGCCGCCGACACAGUGAAGAAGACGUCCAUGGAGCUGGGUGGCCACGCCCCUUUCAUCGUGUUCGACAGCGCUGACGUCGACAAGGCAGUGGGCGGAGCCAUGGGCUCCAAGUUUAGGAACUCCGGACAGACGUGUGUGUGUUCAAACCGGUUCCUGGUCCAGAGCGGUGUCUACGAUCACUUCAUGGAGAAACUGGGCCGAGCGAUGGACGCCGAGCUCCGUCUGGGUCACGGCUCGGAGCCCGACACCACCCAGGGGCCGCUCAUCAACACCAGAGCUGCAGAGAAGGUGGUCCACCAGAUAUCUGAUGCCGUGUCUCGGGGAGCGAAGGUGUUGAGGGGAGGGAAGCGUCUGGACGGGUCCUUCAUGGAACCGACUCUGCUCGCUGACGUCACCACAGACAUGAUCUGCACCAAAGAGGAAACGUUCGGCCCGCUGCUGCCGGUCAUCAGGUUUGAUACCGAGGACGAGGCGCUGGCCGUCGCUAACGCGUCUAACGUUGGACUUGCAGGUUAUUUCUACUCGCAGGACAUCAGUCAGAUCUGGCGGGUGGCCGAGGCGUUGGAGGUGGGGAUCGUGGGAGUGAAUGAGGGCCUGUUGUCCACCCCGGAGUGCACCUUCGGCGGGGUCAAACAGUCCGGUUUGGGCCGCGAGGGCUCCAAGUACGGAAUCGAAGAGUAUUUGGACGUCAAGUACAUGUGUCUGGGAGGCCUCAAACUCUGAACCAGGAGGCAGCGACACGCUCGUCCAGCAUGAUCCGUAGAUCCAGGUUGGAAAUAACAGAUUUUUAAUGUGAACGCUCCUGAUGACAUAAAAUAUAAAACAGAGUCGAGCGAAAUAUUUUUUUGAAAAAUAUCUUUUGCAUUUAAUCAUGUUUUGAUCAGAGGUGAAUAUUCAGUUCUGUCGUAAAUUAGUCACGAUCCACUAAACUAAACUGGAGGAUUGUUCAGUCGUGCUCUUAUUUUGGAAUAACAUUAUUUUACUUCUCAGUAGGAGGAGCUGUAGCCUUCCAUUGUUGAUAAGCCCUGCCCACCUUGGUAACUGUUAAGCCCUGCCCACCUUGUUAAAAAACAGCAUUUUAUUUUCUGAAUGAUAGUUUCCACAGAUUUCCGCAGCCAUAGCCAGCUAGCUAAUUAACGUUAGCAUCGUAAGUUGAGAAGAAACUCUUCAUCUCCAGGCCACUGAUUUUAUGAUGAGUAAAAAGAGUCUGGAGUUAAUUUUUCAUCGGCUAUUUACGUGUCAUAAUUUAGUUCUUUGUAAUAGUUCUGUAAAAGAAAUGUCGUUAAAACGUCGUUAAAACCUUGUUUUGCAGUAAAUUAUUAGUGUAAAAAAUGUAAACUUGUUCAAGACAAAAAGAUUUCAUUGAUUCAUUCAAACCUUUAUUUAUACAGGCGGGAAGCCACUGAGAGCGAGCUCUCUUUUUUUGAACGAUGCCCUGAUUACAAUACAAAUAUACAAAUAUACAGUAAAGGAACAAUAAUUCACAAAUGAACAAAAUACAGACAGAUUAAAAAAACAAUAAAAAGCAGCAGAAGUAAUAAAUGUUGGAACAGUAAAGACAGAGUCGUCUCUGGGUUUAACUUCUUGGUUCCUUUAAAUUUUUGGAAGUAAAACUGUUACUGCUGCUAGUUAGCCAGGCAUGCUAACAUCAGCCGUUGACUCUAGAGAAGGCUAACAUGCUGUUAAAGCUUUUCACACUUUUAUCGGAGAAUCGAAUAAAAAGACGAGUCUAAACUGACACGCCCGCUCUGCCUAGUAACAGUUGCUAAGCUGUGAUUGGAGAGUGACUGUUUGGGGCGGGGUUUAGUUAAAAACAUUGGUACGGUCACGUCAUAAAAUCAGCAUCUUCUCGUCCGUCACAAACUUCCUGUAUUAGACAUUUAGUUUUCUACUGUUAAGACAGAAUACACUAAACCUUACGCUACAUAGUUUGAACGCUUCUAAACUUCCUAAAGUUCUGUCGUAGGAUUAUUUCAGUGAAGACUGUUUUUUUAAAUGAUUAAAAUCCCUAAAUAUGAUGAUGUAAUACAAAAGAAAUAGUAAAACAUUCACUUUGGGUCUGAACAUAAUUUGAAAUAAUAUAUUUUUUGAUGUAUUACACAUGUUACUAGUUUUAUGAAUAGACCUUCAGAUAAGUGUAUAUGUAUCUGUUAAAGAUCCGUUUUGGUAAAACUUUGAUAGGAGUGAUAUAGAUGUUACGUGGUCUGAUGUGAACGAUGAAUCAUCUGCAUGCUUCCAGUCUGUAGGAAAAAUCCAUGUGUAGAGAUAAAAGGAAUCAAAGAAAUGAAAGUCAUUCUUUGUGGUAAAACGUAUUUAGAUCUGUGGCAGGUUCUGUCUGAACCUCCGAGAGAAGUGGAAGCACAAGAAGCAGUUUUCUGCCUGUAUGAGCCAUAUGUGAGUCUUGGUGAUGUAAUGAUGUGAUGAUGUCAUGAGGAGGUGUGUGGUGAUGUCAUGUUGGUACGAGCAGCUGCUCAGAAAGACGGAAGUGAGCAAAUAAAAACCAGACUUAAAGUUUUUGAAAAA